AGUGAGACAGUGUGACAUCUUAUAUCCUUAAAGCAAGUCACUGAACAUGUACGCGGCACUAAUGGACAUGAGCCAGACGCUGGCGGCAAGUCUCGCAUAUGCCCCACUGGAGGCGAGUGGUGCAGCUACCGCUGCGGCAGCAACAGCCGGUCUAAAUGUCAGCCAAGUCAGCAACUUUAGUCUGUUGGAGGGAUCGAAAACAGCCUUGGGGGGAGGACGCAAUGGCAGUUUCGAGGAGAAUUCCGGGUACGUGGAUGUCUGGGAUCGCCCGGAGACCUAUAUUGUCACCGUACUCUUUACGCUCAUCUUUAUCGUGGGCGUUCUGGGGAAUGGCACUCUCGUCAUCAUAUUCUUUCGACAUCGCUCCAUGCGCAACAUACCAAACACGUAUAUACUGUCGCUCGCUCUGGCCGAUUUGCUGGUGAUUUUGGUUUGUGUGCCAGUUGCCACAAUUGUGUACACGCUGGAAAGCUGGCCCUUUGAGCGUAAUAUGUGCCGCAUUGUCGAAUUCUUCAAGGACAUUUCCAUUGGCGUCUCCGUCUUUACAUUAACCGCGCUUUCCGCCGAGCGAUACUGCGCCAUUGUGAAUCCGUUGCGUAAAUUGCAGACAAAGCCGCUGACUGUUUUCACAGCCGUGGUUAUCUGGAUCUUUGCUAUAAUAUUAGGCAUGCCAGCCUUCAUUAUAUCCGACAUUGAGAUCCAUAACGUUACCACGCCCAAAGGCAACACAACCAUUCAAGCGUGCUAUCCAUUUGGGAAACAUGGAAAAUACAUGAUAGUUGCCAAGGCAUCCAUAUACUAUUUGCUGCCACUGUCCAUCAUUGGCGUGCUCUACAUCAUGAUGGCCAAGCGGUUGCAUAUAAGCGCCCGCGACAUGCCCGGAGAGCAGCUGAGCAUUCAAAGCCGGAGUCAGGCGCGGGCUCGUCGUCAUGUGGCUCGAAUGGUGGUGGCCUUUGUGGUGGUGUUCUUCAUUUGCUUCUUUCCAUAUUAUGUCUUCGAACUGUGGUACCAUUUGAAUCCCACCGCCCAGGAUGAUUUCGAUGACUUCUGGCACAUGGUUCGCAUUGUGGGAUUCUGUACAAGUUUCCUCAAUUCGUGCGUUAAUCCUGUGGCAUUGUAUUGUGUGUCUGGUGUGUUUCGGCAGCAUUUCAACCGUUAUCUCUGCUGCAUUUGCAUCAAGCGUCAGCCGCACCUGAGGCAGCACUCAACCGCAACGGGCGUCAUGGACACCAGCGUCACCUCGAUGCGUCGCUCCACUUAUGUUGGUGGUGCUGGCAGUGGUGCAGGUGGCUCUGCUGGUGGUGGUGGCAGCUUGGCCGCCCAUCGCGCCUCGCUGCACAUGAACAACAAUCAUGGCGCUGGGACAGGGGGACGUGGCGGUAGUUUCCAUCGUCAGGAUUCGAUGGCAUUGCAACAUGCUGGCAGUGGCAAUGGAGUUGGCGGUGGCAACAUCGGACGUGGCUCCAUCAUCAAUGAGAAAAGUUUAAUAAAACGAUACGACGAGCGCACUCGCUACUAAAUUGGACAAAUUAUUUCAACAUGGAAAACAAUAGAAAAAAUUAAAAUAGUUGUUAAAAUCUAAAAUACAUAUAAACUAGAAAUAUUUACCAUUUAAGAUUAUCAAACGUUCCCAAAAUAAAUGUAAA